AUGGCUACAGUGACUGUGAGGGAUGAAAUGGGUACGGUGUCCUACAAGAGCUGGGCACAGCAGACCGAAGAGAGCUACCAGUUACAGUUGGCUUUAGCUCUUCGGCUCUCCUCAGAGGCAACUUGUGUUGAUUAUCCCAAUUUCUUAGACCCAGGCGCUGAUGAACGCUCGGCCUCGGCUGAGGUGUUGUCACAUCGGUUUUGGAUCAUGGAACUGAUUACGGGUGGAAAUUUUGGCAGUAAAGGAUAG